GACAAGGCAAGACAGAAGACAGUUUACCUUCCCGUGAAAUGGCGUACGACAAUAGAAUCGUAUUUUAGUGUUUUCGAAACGGAUUUGUCGUGCAAACGGCUACUGCGCGAUGAUAUGACAUCAGUGUGCACGUACUCAGAUGAAUUACAAUGCGAUUAUCAUGUGGAUGUGUCGGGUGUGAGGAAGAGAAAGUGUCGCGUGAAACGUUUGAGCCUCUAAUGAUGUGGAUGAGGUCGUUUGCGCAAGCGACGGCGGAGCGCGGGCGGGCGGUCCCGGCGCAGGCGCGCCUGCUGCGAGCGCUCCCACCGCCGCUGCUGCUGCUAGCGCUGCUACUCCUUGUGGGCGGCGCAUGGGGCGCGGACCUGGUGAUCGAGAUCCCGGGCUCUGGCGCCGGCGUGGCCGACCCGGGCGGGGAGUACCGGCUGGAUUACCGGCCACCGCAUGGGUCACCGGCACCAAACUUCACCGUCCCGGCCCGGGCCUCCACCAUCAACUUUCAGGGGCUCCCGGGCACCAAAUACCACUUCAUGCUGUACUACUCCAAUGCUACCUUCGCUGAUCUGCUUACUUGGAAUCAGACUAUCAUUACUGCGCCGGAGCCGCCGACGAACCUGACGGUGUCGUUGUCGCGCAACAAGCAGGCUACCAUCGCCUGGGCGCCGCCGUCGCACGGAGAAUACACGGGCUUCCGCUUCAAGGUGAUCCCGCUGACGGAGCGGGCGGAGGGCGGAGCCCGCAACAUCACCGUGGAGGCGCCGGAGACACCGGGCGCCGGCUGGACGCACACGCUGAAGGAGCUGUCUCCCGGCGCCACCUACCAGCUGCACGCCUUCACGCUGCUGCAUGACAAGGAGAGCGCGGCUUACGCCAGUCGGAACUUUACAACCAAGCCCAACACGCCGGGCAAGUUCAUCGUUUGGUUCCGUAAUGAGACGACGCUGCUGGUGCUGUGGCAGCCACCGUACCCGCCCGGCGCCUACACACACUAUAAGGUGUCAAUCGUACCACCCGACGCGCGGGAAUCGGAACUCUACGUAGAGAAAGAAGGCGAGCCGCCAGGGCCGGCGCAGGCCGCCUUCAAGGGCCUGGUGCCGGGCCGGCCGUACAACAUCUCCGUGCAGACCGUGUCCGAGCCGGAGAUCAGCGCGCCCACCACCGCGCAGUACCGCACCGUGCCGCUGCGGCCGCGCGACGUGCAGAUACCCGCGCGAUACGUCACGCCCACCAAGUUUAGGGUCACCUGGCUGCCGCCCAAGGAGGAGAGCGAGUUCGAGAAGUACCAAGUGUCGGUGUCGGGCGGCGGCGGCGCGGCGCGGCGCCUGGCGCCCGUGCUGCGCGCGCGCGACGACACGCCCGCCGUCAGCUUCGAGGGGCUCGAGCCCGGCGCGCACUACACCGUCACCCUCAAGACCAUGUCCGGCAAGGUCACCUCCUGGCCCGCGCCCAUAGAGAUCACGCUCAAACCUCUGCCGGUUCAAGAUUUGCAGUGGCGCUACCAAAACGAGACCGAUGGUGGCGGCAUCCUCGUGUGGUGGACGCCCGCCGAAGGCAGCACACAAGACGAAUAUAAGGUGUCGUACCACGAGGCCCACGGGUCCGGCGACAGCAGCACGCAGACGACGCCGGCCACGAACAUAACAUUAGACACGGCGCAGCUGCUGCCGGGCCGCAACUACACCGUCGCCGUCACCGCCGUGUCGCGCGGCGUCGACAGCGCCGAGACCACCUUUAGCGCCGCCACGCGACCGCUGGCGCCCGUGGUGCGCACCUGGGGCGGCGCGGCGCGGCAGCUGUCGCUCGCGUGGAGCUCCGACGUCAACUCGCGGCAGGACCACUACGAGCUGCGGCACCGCCGCCGGCCCGAGCCCGGCGCGGACUUGGACGACCCCGAGUACACCUUUAAGACGAUUACGACAACGGACACUAACGCAACGUUGUCCGGACUGUUCCCGGGCGCCGUGUACGAGGUGACGGUGGCGGCCGUGAGCCACGGGCUGCGCAGCGAGCGGCACACCGUCUUCAAACCUGUUCGUCCUCUGCCUCCAACGUGGAUGGGCGUGGAGCGAGCCACGUCCAACUCCGUGGUGGUCCGCUGGCGCGGCCCCGGGCCAGGGUCGAAGCUCGGCGCUUUCCUGCUGCAGUACCGCACGCACUCCGAGCAGAAGUGGACCAAGCUGCCGCCACUGCAGCCCGACAUCAACGAGGCUGAGGUUGUGGACAUGACUCACGGCGAACGUUACACGAUCCAACUGGACACGCUGAGCGAGGCGGUGGCGGGCGACAGUGUGGACAGCGGCGAGCCGCGGGAGGCCGACCACACCGUCCGACCCAAUCCAGUUUCGAACGUGGCCGCCCUAGUGGACACGCGCAACAUGACGCUGGAGUGGCCGGUGCCCGCGGGCCGCGUGGAGCGCUACGGGCUCCGCUGGUGGCCGCGCCCCGACGAGGUCCCCGACGCGGUGCCAGCCGCGCGGAACUUGACGGCCGAGCCGGGCGUGAAGACUGUCAGAGCCCUGCUCGACGCACUGGAACCGGGCGUGGGCUACACGUUGACCGUACACGCCGUGUCUUACAACCUGACCAGUGAUCUCUUCACUAUGGAGACGAGGACCCGCCCAUUGAUCCAGUCGGAGAUGACGAUUGUGAACGAGCCGGAGGCCGACGUCCGCAACGACACGCUGCCUGCCAUUAGAGUUUUAUACACACUGACGCCGGCGACGGCUUCCCGCUUCGACUCGUACCGGUUCCGGCUGGAGGGCGGCCCCGGCGAGGCGCAGGAGCAGACGCGCUCCGCCACCGCGCCCGCCGCGCGCGUCGAGUUCGCGCGCCUGGUGCCCGGCCGGCUGUACAACGUCACCAUGUGGACCGUGUCCGGCAACGUGACGUCACACCCCGUGCAGCGCCCGACGCGUCUGUACCCGCGCCCGGUGGCUUAUCUGAAGCAGCUCGCGGUGGGCGCGCGCAACGUGACGCUGACGUGGCCCGAGCCGGCCGGCGACUACACCGACUUCGAGCUGCAGUACCUCACCGCCGAGGACACGCUCGAGGCGCGCUCCACCACCGGCACCGAGUACACCGUGCAGGACCUACAGCCGCACACCAACUACGUAUUCACCAUCGAGGUGCGGUCGGGCACGCCGGCCACGCUGCAGACGCGCUCGGCCGGGCUGUCGGUGCAGCUGGCCACGCGCCAGGCGCCGCCGCCCGCGCCGCGCGCCUUCCACCCCACCGACGCCAAGCCCAGCCAGCUCACCUUCGCCUGGGACCUGCCCGCCAACCAGGCCAAUGGCAUACUCGACAAGUUCGUCAUCGAGUACGCUCCGCAGAACCAGCCGGAGAAGAACACUACUAUUACGUUCCCGCCUGAAGCCCGGUCGGGCGUGGUGGCGGGGCUGACGCCGGGCGGCACGUACAGCUUCCGUCUGUGGGCGUGGACUGGCGCGGGCCCGGGCCCGGCGGCGCGCUGGACGCAGCACCUCGCCAUUGCGGCGCCGCCCCGCCCCGCGUCGCACGCGCUGCCCUCCGCCGUGCGCGCCACGCCCACCACGGUCUCCGUGCGGUUCAGGAACGACUUCUUCAGCUCGGCCAACGGCAACGUGACGGCGUACGCGCUGGUGGUCGCGCAGGAGACGAGGAACGACUCCAGCGACCGCCUGCCGUCGUGGCGCGACGUGCACGGUCUGCCCGUGUGGCCGCCGUACCAGGUGACGGAGCCCUACUUCCCGUUCCACCACAGCUCGGUGGAGGAGUACACGAUCGGGUCCGAGCGGUGCGAGUCCAGCGGGCGCGCCUACUGCAACGGGCCGCUGCGGCCCGGCGCCGCCUACUACGUGAAGCUGCGCGCCUACACCGCGCCCGACAAGUUCACCGACACCGCCUACGCCGUCGUCUACACUGAGGUGGACAACACGGCGUGGAUAAUCGGCGUGUGCGCGGGGGCGGCGUGCCUGGCGGCGGCGGGCGCGGCGUGGGCGGCGCUGCGCCGACGCCGUCCGCGCGCCGCGCCCGCCGCCGCCGCGCCCGCGCCGCGCACCGCCCGCCCCGUGCCCGUCGCCGACUUCCUCGACCAUUACCGGCUCAUGUCUGCCGAUUCAGACUUUAGGUUUAGCGAGGAGUUCGAGGAGCUGAAGCACGUGGGGCGCGAGCAGCCGUGCACGGCGGCCGACCUGCCCGUCAACCGCCCCAAGAACCGGUUCACCAACAUCCUGCCCUUUGACCACUCGCGCUACAAGCUGCAGCCCGUGGACGACGAGGAGGGCUCCGAUUACAUCAACGCCAACUACGUGCCGGGUCAUUCAAGCCCGCGCGAGUUCAUAGUGACACAGGGCCCGCUGCACUGCACGCGCGACGACUUCUGGCGCAUGGUGUGGGAGUCCGGCUCGCGUGCCAUUGUCAUGCUGACAAGAUGUGUAGAGAAGGGCCGCGAGAAAUGCGACCGCUACUGGCCAUACGACACUCGGCCGGUGUACUACGGCGACAUCGCCGUCACCGCGCUCAACGAGUCGCGCUUCCCCGACUGGACGAUCACUGAGCUGCUGGCCUCGCGCGGCGCCGAGCAGCGCGUGGUCAAGCACUUCCACUUCACCACGUGGCCCGACUUCGGCGUGCCCGACCCGCCCACCACGCUGGCCAGGUUCGUGCGCUCGUUCCGCGAGCGCUGUCCGCCGGACGCGCGGCCAGUGGUGGUGCACUGCUCGGCCGGAGUGGGCCGCUCCGGCACCUUCAUCACGCUGGACCGCGCGCUGCAGCAGCUCGCGGCCCGCGCCGACACGCUCGACAUCUUCGGCAUGGUGUACGCCAUGCGCCGCGAGCGCGUGUGGAUGGUGCAGACGGAGCAGCAGUACAUCUGCAUCCACCAGUGCGUGGUGGCAGCGCUGGAGGGCGCGGACCUGCAGCCGCCGCUCGGCCUCAACCAUCACAUGCACCACAACCAGGCCUUCGAAGACGACGAGGGCAUCGCAGAGUCCGGCAUGUGAGACGUCGCACUUAACUUAUAUGUACAGGUGUCCUUAGCCAUUGGACAAAGCCGAAAUGUACAUAUGCAUUAGGGUAUUUAGAAUCAGUAUAACAAGUAUCAUAACAACCGGUGUAGCGGUUACGAAGAAAUUUAACAAAUUACGAUUUUUUUACUUUGGAGCAGCCUGUAUGUUUUAAUAGCUCCUGAGGUAAUAAAUAGUAUGAAACCUUCGUCGACCUUAUUGAUUCUCUUUUUUAUUUAUGACAUUAAUUAGAUUCUGACUUUUGACAACAUUUUUGUCAUCAUUGCCGCACAUUUUCAAACAGGUUGUCAAAAACACUGCCAAUGAUUAAUACAGUUUUAUUUUGGUCUUCCGGUUCGAGCGCCAUCUUGAUAGUUAGCAUCGUGAUUAAUUACUUUGUUUUUUGCUCAUUAAUAUUGUUUAAAGUGUAAUAUCGAUAGCUUAUUAUACAGUAAACUAAUGUGGUAGUGUGCAGUGAAUGGAGAAUUAAUUUUGAAGCACGUUUAACCACCAUCUUGGAGUCAACGGCCGGUAGUCCACGUGCUUCUUGUAAAGUCUAGCUAUCGAUUUACAUGAGCUAACAAAUCACCGUACACUGUCUUGUACAACCGUACAAUUUUUGUCGUUUUUAAACCUCUUAAUACCUUGAUACUGGCGAAAUAGUCCCACUGGGCUGAAGUCAUAAUUUUAAAAGAAGAAGAAGAAGAAGAAUACAGUUUUUGACAAAUGUCACCAUUGCCGCACAUUUUCGAACAGGUUGUCAAAAACACUGCCAAUGAUUAAUACAGUACGUUUCUUUUUGAUGUCGAUCAUUGGAACUAACGUUAGAGCAUUCCCCUACGUGGGAUUUCAGGGUUUGUCCAAUGGCUAAGGUCACCCUGUAUACAUUCUCUCGUUAUAGUUAUAUAUAAGUUAAAAACUUUUGUAUUCAUAUAUUUUUAUAUGCGUCGUUGACGGAAUGAAAAGGACCAAUUUUUAAAUGAUUUGUAUAUAAGUAGCUAGGAGUGUAUAGUCAGUAGCAGAAGCUAAUAAGCGAGCCGGGUGUUCAAAAUAUUAUGCAAAACUAAUAUCUCUCUCUCUCUCUCUCUCUCUCCCUUACUUUCUCUUAACAAAUUGUCGUGUACAGAUAAUCUUGAACACCUGGUCCACUUAGCUACUGCUUAAUCCGCAUUGUGUCCAUGUACCUUGAUAAAAUCAUGUUGAAUCUAGAUUAAUUUAAAAUAUUGACUUUUAGAUGUUAUUUAUUUUAUAUUAUAACGACAACGGCAUCUCAAAUGUGUACUUAAAUAUAAAUUUAGUCGUCUGCUCAGCGAUGUUUCUCAAAGGAAUAUUCGUAGUUGUUUGUCUAGUUGCAUAGUUAAGGCCUCAUACGCACGAGCGCUUUUACAACGCGCUUUAAAAAAGCGUUUGAUUGACACAAAUGGAUACAUGUGUAUUUAAUUUACUCACACGAUAGCGGUGGCGCUUUUUAUCAAUCUUUGUUGGAUUUUAGACUUUAAGGCCCCAUUCGCACGAGAGCUUAAAAGCGUUGCGUGUGCGACGCACCCAUAUAAGUAAGAGCGAGAAAGCGAUAUCUCUUUUUCGCUCUUACUUAUGGGUGCGUCACACACGCAACGCUUUUUAAGCUCUCGUGCGAAUGGGGUUGGGGUCUAACCGUUGUGGUAAAAUCGAAUUUAGCGUGCGGACGGAUUCAAGCGCUUUUUUAACGCGCGUUGAAAAAGCGCUCGUGUUUUAUGGGGCCUAAGGAACGUGUGUGCAACUAUAGGUUUACCACUAACUCAGGCGGUUGGUAAAGAAGUUGCGCGGUAAUUUUCUAGUUGAAGUUACCUGAGUUUUGGGACUAAAACGAGUUGACCGAGAGUUAGCGAAGGUCUCCGUUUCAGCUCGGGCAAAAAUGUGUUCAUAUGUCCGGAUACAUGACGCAAAUCUCAACCGAUUCUCGUGAUAUUUGUAAACAGGUUCGAUAUUUUUUUUUUUUUUUUUUAUUUAGGAAACAAACAGUCACAUACAGAUAAGUUUAUACUUGCAGAUAUAGAAUAAGACCUAUAAGUUCCAUUAAUUAUAACAUACUGAUAUUGAUAACAAGUAGAAACAGGGCUUGUUCGGCACUGCCUAUAAAUAGGAAGAUACACAAAAGUAACAAUUGGAUACAAAACUAAUAAAGUACCUAAGUAUCAAUCAUGCUUACAAACAUACAUACGUUACAUAAGACUAUAGAACAAUGACAUUUUUUUUUAUAUUAAUAUAUUAAUAUAUAUUUUUUGUCGAUAGUUUUUUAAUUUUUUUCGAAAUGGCAUAUAUUUGUUCUGUUUUUAACUAUGCUCGCGAGGUCUACAGCGCACAGAGCCACUAGUUUAUAAGUUGUUACCUCAAAUACAAAUCGGCUUCAUGCAGCAAAGUCUUCAACCAGUCCAUAGCUGAGCUGACCACAAUAAUUCUUACCAACCGCCUCAGUUAAACGGUAGACCUAUUAUGUUAUGCAGCAUGUGCAGCAGCAGCUCACACGUGGAGACCGUCCAUUAUAUUAUAUUGUAACAUUAUUGAAAUAACUACUAAUCCUUCGGAGCGUUGGGAACGCUCAGUUCUGUGUCUAACAUGGUUCUGACUAACGUUGAUUUAGGUACAAUUAACUUACAAUAAGCACUUGUGUAAUAAAUACACGUAUUUUUGUACCUA